AUGUCAACACAAGCUCUUGACCCUGGGAUCACGCUAUGUGUCAGUCAUAGGCAAUAUCUAUACAAGAUUAUUGAGUUACCAAAUGAAUUACUUGACGCACUUGAGGCCGAAACUCCUCCCAUGCUUAUUCUAAAAUCUAAUACUACCUCAACUGAUAAUUCAUUGAAUUAUAACAUCAAACAAAACACAGCGAUUCUUUGUCACGGCUCUCACAAGUACAGCUUACGUUCAAAGAAUACUUCAAAUCCAAAUAUCUUACUUAAAUCCUCUGAAAUUUCCACCGUCAAUAAUCUUGAGAAGCCCUCAGAUCUUCCACCAAGUCCCUCUUUGACAGUUGUUGCGCAAUGCCAGGAAACAAUUGAACUAGUAUUACUAAAUGAGAACCAAGAUAUGGAAGUAAGGAAAGUGAAAAAGUGGCACGAGAUGUUUUCCCGGACCCAGCCAAGUAAAAGAUCUUAA